AUGAAACCCAUCGAACGAGAUGAAUCAAGCGGAGAAGUCUCUGACAGCGGAGACGAGUGCUUUGUCAAAGUAGCCCGUACAGGUUCGAUGCCGCCUUCUAGAAAUACGCUUUCCCAGAUACUUGUUCUGCUCCUAGCCAAAAAAGGGCACGAAAUGCGGUUUGGAAGUCUGUUGUCAUUGAGAGUACACUCAAUGAGGCCCUUACCAGAACAGAUGUGAAAUCGGUACGUCUUAUUUCCACACACGUCUCUUAACGCACACGAUAGGCUACAGCUCUCUCAAUCGAGCGCGACGUCGAGAGCUAUUUUAUUGAAGAUGCCGAGCCCCAGCCCGCACCCGAACUCGAAAUUGAUGGAAAUAGAAGGUUAAGUUCCUAUUUUCAUUACUUUUUUUAAGAAAAUCUGCGAAAGAUCGACUUUCCGCUAGAGAAUACAAUAAAAGUAUCCCCAGAACUCACCUAGGAGUCGAUUUCAACAGCCCGGGACCCGAAGUUGUUGAAGCUAUUGCCAAAUGCCUAAAUGAAGAUAAAAUUGAUAUAAUAGGUUGGCCUUAUUGUCAGAAUUCGCUUAUUUUCCUCUUUUAGAUCGAGUAGUCGAAACUCUGGGGACCAAGCGUGCCCUUAGUUUUUGCUACUUAGCAGAAGAUAUUGAAAAUCGAGGUGGCUUCUUCGUUGCAGUAAGUGCAUUUUUCCGAUCCUUUACUGGAGCCCGAGGGAGAACCCUUUCGACAGCCUUUGUCUCAUUGCCUUGUACUGGCUGUUGUCAAAAUCCACAUUCUGGGUCCUCUUUCCCGGCUUUCUCCCAAAACUGAUUAUAUUCUCCAGAGAAAAUUAUUUCGAAUUCUUAUUCCUUAAGGCCUGGAUUUUGCCACUUAACAGAACAGUAGUCUUUUAUUCCUCAAGAGGAGGGUGUCUGGCAAGUAGGCAGGCCCUGUAAUCCCCGUUUUCUUCAGGGCCAGUAAAGUUUGAUAUUGGUCGCCUAUGUAGAAGCACGUUGAUUGCAUGAAAUUCAACUAUGUACCCAUUUAUGUAACAAAGCAGUGAGCGCCACCUUUCUGGAGCCUUUUUGGACUGUUUUUGACUUUCGUAUAACUCGUUUAUUUCACUGAUGCUGACAUUUUACUAUUCGAAAUGUUCCAUAUUGUAGCCCUGGCUGAUGCUUUGCUGCGCCUCCAUUUGCAUAAGCACUUGUGAAGAGAAACUUCAGCAUUUCGUCGUUUUUGCAUCUAACGCUGCGCUUCUAAACUGUACUCCCAAUGCCGUCCUUUUGGGUCCUUGUUAGGAUGGGUCUCGUCGUCGAACUCCGGGUGGUGUCUUUCUCACACUUAUUCGUCGCUCCGAUGAGGUCACAAAGCAGGAGAAGAAAACCAUCUUCAAGGAGACGGACCAAGAAAAACUACAGAGAAAAAAGUAAAACAGUUUUUUUGCAUUAGUAUACGAUGUGCUUACGCUGGAGAGAGAGAGAUUAGAGGGAAGUGAAUCAAAGGCUGGUUCCUACUUGUUGAUCAACCGUAGCCCACCGAAUUUUUUCUAUGUCAUACGCCUCUUCAACUUAAACAAUGAGUGAGACACGAAUGCUUUGUGUGGACAAAUAAGACGGAAAGUGCCUCAUGUGGCUUCUCGGUACUGGCGGUAGUCAAUAACAUCUCGACCGCCGCAUGGAUCCAGCGAUUUAACAGUAGACUAUCCGACUGCUAUAUAGCCGGAUAUCCGGCUUCCCUAUCACACUUAACCAGUCCGGAGUCUGACAACACCCUUCAAUGACCGCGGCAAGUAAACAGCGCUUUUGUCGCCUUCGACGUCUGUACGUCUACUUUGCGUGGAAGGGCACAAAGCACGAUGCCUAUGCCCCUUAAUCUAUUCUCUGCUGCAGUGGUUUGCCACGCCUCUAGCUCUGGGAGUUUUUGUUUGUCAUUGUUAAUGUUGGAUCUGUUGUAUGGUUGAAAACUGUGUGUGUGGAAAUUUCUGCACGCGUUUGACGAACCAUUCGACUGGGUGUCUUCUAGGUUCCCAUCCAACUUGAAAAUGCCAGUAAGUCGUCUCGCACUAGUCUCCAUAUAGCGCUCACCAUCUUGGCGACGUCGGCAAGCUUUCCUGAAUACAGAUUAUUUCCGUUUUGCCUCUUACUGACUGACCGUCUUUUCGUUGUCAGGCUUCAUAAAGCGGAGAAACGGCGCCUAAAACGGAAAGCUAACGCGGAUCUCGUUUCGCUAUCCCCAAAGCCUUUAGCUCAGCCCGAUGAGGAAGCGAUACUGGACAACAUUCCCUCGCCCGAUGUGCACAUCGAACCUCCUGACGCCUAA